UUUCUUUCUACCAUUUGCUCUUCUUAUACUUACUUCUAUAAAUCAUCCAACAUAUAGUAUUAAUUUAGAAUCUUGUUAUAUAUAGUUGCACCUAGUUAGUAGCUACAAUACUUUUAAGAGCUAGUUUAGAUCAUGGGAGACUCCUCUUCUUCGGCUUCAUACAUUCACAUGGUGCAGCACCUGAUCGAAAAGUGUUUGAUCUUUCACAUGACUAAAGAAGAAUGCAUGGAAGCACUCUCUAAACAUGCAAAUAUAAAUCCUAUUAUAACAUCCACCGUGUGGAAUGAACUUGAGAAGGAAAACAAGGAAUUUUUUGAACCUUACAUGAAGUCGAAGAGUAAAGAGGGGAUGAUGUCGAAGGAAGAGACAACUCAAAUGUUAGAGAAGAUGAUUUCAGCUGAGAAAGACUCGUCUAAAGCUUCACAAGAGGACGACUAAUAAUUGUUGAAAAUGAUCAAUUUGGGUACUUGAGUGAGAUCGAUGAUGCAACAUGCCAAAAAACACUUACUCGAGGAAGGACUCUAGCUACUUUAUAAUCACUAGCUAUGCUACAGUUAUGCACAAUUAUGGUACAUGUUGUUGGUCCUCUACAUUAUUAUGGUAUAUAUUGGAAUUAUUAAGAAUAACAAAAAUGUCAUGUCAGCCCUUGUAGUAUGAUUUCAAAUUUGUAAAUAUAUAUUCAUGUCAUUUAUGUAUUUUUCGGAAUAAAACAUGUUGUCUUCCUUA